AUGGCCACACUUGCCUCCGCCAACGAUGGCCAGCAUGAGCUUUCAAAGUCUGAUUCGUCCGGUGGCGACAUGGAGAACCGCAAGAAUGUGAGGGGCGUCAAGCGAAAGGGGGAUGGUGAGGUUGAACGGUCACAUCACAAGCGCCACGACACCGGUUUCAGCAUUUCACCUUGCAGAUCUCAACCGAGCAUUGCAACUCAACAGAAGCCUGACAAGACCAGUAUCUCCUUUCUCUUGCUGUAG